UCCAGUCGAGUCUUUUGGACCUUCGAUUCCUUUUGUCCCGCCAGCAUCAAACAUGGAGAAUCGUUCUAUUUCAAAGAAGAGGAAGUUUGUCGGGGAUGGAGUCUUCAAAGCAGAGUUGAACGAGUUCCUAACUCGUGAACUCGCAGAAGAUGGAUACUCAGGAGUGGAAGUACGUGUCACUCCUCAUCGUACUGAAAUUAUUCUGCUGGCAACCCACACACAGAGUGUUCUUGGAGAAAAAGGUCGUAGGAUCAGAGAACUGACUUCUGUGGUACAGAAGAGGUUUAAUUUCAAAGAGACACAAAAUAUUGAACUGUAUGCUGAGAAAGUUGCAACACGUGGUCUUUGUGCUAUUGCUCAGGCUGAAUCUUUGCGUUAUAAAUUAAUUGGAGGUCUUGCUGUACGAAGAGCUUGCUAUGGAGUUCUACGUUUCAUCAUGGAAUCUGGAGCAAAAGGUUGUGAAGUAGUCGUCAGUGGCAAAUUGCGUGGACAGAGAGCAAAAUCAAUGAAAUUCGUUGAUGGACUGAUGAUCCACUCUGGUGAACCCACCAAUGAUUAUGUUAAUACUGCCACCCGCCAUGUACUUCUCAGACAAGGUGUACUUGGUAUCAAAGUAAAAAUUAUGCUCCCAUAUGAUCCUCAAGGCAAAACAGGUCCAAAGAAACCUCUUCCAGAUUCUGUUUCCAUUGUGGAACCAAAGGAUGAAAUUUUCCCAUCCCAACCAUCAUCUGAAGUGAAAGCAUCGAAAGAUAUGCCACAACCAACACCACUUGCAGUGUAAUUUAUACACAAAUGAAAAUAAACUUUUAAAAGAAA